CUAGGUUAUUGCCCUGGAAGUUGGAAGCAGUUCAAAAGCUAUUGUUACAUCGUGAUCAGCAACAAUACGACCUGGCACCAGGCCCAAUCGUACUGCGAAAGGUGGGGAGGAGAACUGGUGAAGAUCAACAGCUUUGAUGAAAACGAGUUUGUACUGAAGCUGGUUCACAGCCGUGCGCCAUCGCUGAAACAAAUUUGGAUCGGACUCAAUUGGAAUCCAAGCGUCAACAAUUUCAUUUGGUCUGACAACUCAGUUCCAUUCUACAAGUUCUGGGCUCCGGGUGAACCGAGUGGAAAGUCCAGGGAGCCAUGCAGCAACAUGUGGAUUGCGCGAACCUACCUGCCUUAUGAGGCUUCGGGUUACUGGAAUGACCGCCCCUGUGGGAUUGUUUCAGGAUAUCCUUGUGGAUUUGUCUGUAAGAAGCUGCCAUAG